AUGCCGGUGGCAAAUGAAUGUUACUGCUGUCAAGAACUAGAGGAGCUUAAUCAAAAGUUCGACAAUUCAGGUUUGUACUUAUUAUGUGACUAAGAGUGACAAAAGGUGGACAAUUGCAAACUCGAUCUUAGUUGUAAUUACAACUACAAGGUCUGAUGGAUGAAAAUUAUUGAAACAGUGAGGGAAAGAAAAUGUUAAGACUUAUUUUUUCUUUUUGGGUAUUGAUAGGUGUUAGAUGUAUAACAGAACAUCCGAAAUUUGGCAUUGUAUGCUUGGACACGGAUGUUUUGAGCACGGCAUUGGUUGCAAUCCACAAUGCGCGGCUCAAUCCAAUUCCCGACCCUAUCGUCAACAGGUAAACUGUCUUUUUCUUUCUUAUUUUGUACGCGUAAUUAAGUCAAUCGCUUUUGUGACUUUACAUCCUCUUGUUCUCCAGAACUUGGCGUUUGGCAGCCUACAGACAAUUUACUUGGUGGGCAUAUGGGGUAUUAGGAAAAAACCGGCGGAGAAUCGUGCCAGCAUGCGUCGUCACGGCCAUACGUAAAACAUUUCCUGAAGAGAGUGGUAAUUACGUGGGCUUUUCGAGAAGC